CUUAAAAGAUCUACGGAGCAAUAAUAACCGAUUUGGUGGUGCAAUGAUUUUAUUAGCAGGAGAUUUUCGUCAAACAUUGCCGGUGAUUCCACGAUCAACGCCAGCUGAUGAACUCAAUGCAUGUCUAAAGUCCUCCAGUUUGUGGAAACAUGUCAAAGUACUUCAUUUAAGCAAGAAUAUGCGUGUCGAGUUGCAAAAUGACCAAUCUGGAAACAUAUUCUCUAAACAACUCAUUGACAUUGGUAAUGGCAAAUUUCCUAUAGACAUGUUGACUGGCUGCAUUAACUUUCCUCUAAGUUUUUGUCAGUUAACUCGAUCAAAAGAUGAACUUAUUCAGAAGGUGUUUCCAGAUGUUUCUCAAAAUUACAGAAACCAUGAUUAGUUGAGCGAACGAGCUAUACUGGCUGCAAAAAACAUAGAUGUAAAUGAAUUAAAUUUCAAAAUUCAAGAACAAAUUACAGGCGAAUUGAUGAUAUAUAAAUCAGUUGAUUCGGCUACUAAUCAAGAUGAUGUAGUCAACUAUCCACCGGAAUUUUUAAACUCGCUGGAUUUGCAAGGAUUGCCACCUCACAAUCUUCAAUUAAAGGUUGGAUCGGUGGUUAUAAUGUUGCGAAAUAUCAACCAACCGCGUCUUUGCAACGGUACACGGUUAGCGAUAAAAAAAUUACUAAACAAUGUGAUAGAAGCAACUAUACUCAAAGGAAAGUAUAAAGGAGAAGAUGUUCUCAUACCGCGCAUCCCAAUGAUUCCGACUGAUGUGCCAUUUGAGUUUAAACGACUACAGUUUCCAGUGCGUCUUGCUUUUGCUAUGACUAUAAACAAGUCACAGGGGCAAUCAUUAAGUGUUUGUGGUAUUAAUCUAGAAAACCCAUGUUUCUCACAUGGUCAAUUGUAUGUUGCCUGUUCCCGUGUUGGAAAACCAUCAGAUUUGUUUAUCUAUGCGCCAGGUAAUCAAACAAGAAACAUCGUAUACCACAAAGUACUACAAUGAUAAUAAUAAUAAUUAUGAUUCACAUAAUUAACAAU